AUGAUGGGUAAAUUAAAUGAACUACCCAAUGAAUUGCUCCUGGAAGUAUUCGAGUACAUUUCUUGCAAGGAUCUGUUGCUGAAUGUUCGCCUUGUUUGUUCUAAAUUUGCGUCGAUUAUUUAUGCUUCAAAGCUUUGGAACCUCAAAUUGAAGCGAUUGAACAUAUCGUUGCCGCGAUGUCAAACCGUUGAAGAGAAUUUCGAUGUGGCUCGGUGUUGUAGUGCAAUCGAAAAUGAAAGGAAUCGAUGGGCAGAUGAUAGGUUAGGAAAAUAUGUCAGUAUUACGGGCCAUGAUGCAACUGUUGAUGCAAUACGAUUCGUGAAUACAUCCGCACAUCGAAGAUUGUGCAUUACUGGUGCCAGGGAUCGAUCACUGAUUUUAUGGGAUGUUGAUAAGAUUGCGAUGGGUGACGAUUCAGAAAAUUGGAACAUAGGUAUGAUCACUGGAGCUCAUCAGCCAAACUCGCCAUAUUUAUAUUCGUGUAGUGCAGAUCGAACGGUAGUAUGCGCCGAUAAGCGUAUGUGGAAGUCAGUGCAUGAUUUGCAGUUGAGUGCAUAUGCACAGUCGAUCUCGUAUUGCGAUGGACAGUUGCUGUGUGGCACUACGGAUGGUAAUCUCAUCUUAAUUGAUCCUAAUGAUCUCACGAUUUUAAGCAAAAUGGAAGUAGCGAAUAUUAGUCAUAUACAUCAGGUGAAAUUGAACAAGGGUAGCCAAAUGUGUCUCAUGAGAACACCGCAUUUCAAUAUUUUUACACCUGGUUUGAAGCCAUCGUUGAUGGCGCGAUCAGGUACACUAGAUGCUGAACCCGCUAGGUUCGACUACUUCGGUGGUGAUCUCGCAAUAACGUGUGGUGGUGGCUCUGUACUAUUCUGGACCAAGUGA